CAGAAUUACUCUCAGUUCGCCAAGAUGAUGGGUUGGAUGGCUUUCCUGCUGCUGCUCCUGGGCGUCACCCUUGUGCAGGCUCACUACUAUUACGACUAUGGCUACUGGGAGAUCAACGAGCCUCCGCCGCUGUGCUCCGACUACGAGAUGUUGGUGGUCAACACCCGGCAGUGCGUGAGACGCUGCAACAUCGUCUGCCGGAACGGCGUCUGUUUCGAGGACGGACCCUGUCCCUGUGCAGACCAGUAUAUGGGGGCUAGUCCGGACGGACUUGUCUGUGCGGCCGAGUGCUUGCCCGGCUGCCAGGCGGCCGGUGGCUACUGUGCCGCCCCGGAUCUGUGUGUUUGCCGCAAGGACAGGCACUACUACUUCGAUCCUCUGUCGCAAAAGUGUCGUCAUAGGGCUGCCCGCCUGCUGGAUCCCUGUCUGGGACGCUGCACUCAUGGCACUUGUUCUUCCGACGGCCAGUGCACCUGUGCCCAGGGGUACGAGCUGCGGGCCACCCUGCUCCACGGACAACAGUGCAUGCCUAUCUGUGAGCACGACUGUGGACCCCACGCCUACUGCUUCGCGCCCAACUUGUGUGCCUGCCGGCACAAACACCUCCAUUAUGCUCGCAAUGGCAUCUGCUCCAGGGACUAUUGACCUUGGAUCAAGUCAGCUGUAACUUACAAGGGCUGUUUUAGGUUCCUAUUAAUCUCUUUUGGUUGAAUUUCCUGAAUUUCACCGUAAUGUAAAUGUGUAUAUCUAAUAAUUAAUUUAUUUUAAUUAAAUUAUUUAUCGUCUUAGGAAAAUCUAAUGUUCAUCUCAU